AUGGUUCUCGAACUCUACAUCGCCAAUAAGCGCUAUUCCAGCUGGUCCAUGAGACCCUGGGUCCUCCUCAAGGCCCUCGACAUCCCCUUUGAAGAGCGCCUGCAAUUGUUCAGCCCCGGCUACCGCCAACCAGCCUUCCUCUCCUUCUCCCCCUCCGGCAAGGUGCCCACCCUCGUCGAUGGCGACAUCACCGUCUGGGAUUCCCUCGCGAUCGCCGAAUACGUCGCCGAAUCACACCCCGGCGUCUGGCCGCAAGAGUCCAAGGCCGCCCGCGCAUACGCGCGCAGCGCCGCGGCGGAGAUGCACACCGGCUACGAGGCCCUGCGCGAUCAGUACUCCAUGAACGUUGCCCUGCGCAUCGAGAGCGGCCCGCCCGAUGCCGACGUGCAGCGCAACCUCGACCGUCUGGAGGAGGUGUGGACGCAGGGUCUGAAGAGGUUUGGGGGCCCGUGGGUGGCGGGUAAGGAGUUCUCUGCGGCAGAUGCCUUCUUCGCGCCGGUCGCGACGAGGAUUCAGACGUUUGGGCUUCCGCUGAAGGAUCCCGAGGCCAAGGCGUAUGUGCAGAGGUUGUUGGAGCAUCCGGCGGUCAAGCAGUGGAUCGAGGAGGGUAUCGCGGAGAAGGCGAGGGAACCUUCCCACGAGGUCGAUGUGUUGAGGGGGAGGAAGGUCCUGAAGGAUUUGUCUGCAUCUCAGUGA